CCUCGCCACGCCCCGCCCCGCGACCCAACAGCCCCCGACGGUUCUGUUACAGAAAAGCAGCACCAGGAAGAGGAUGAAGUUGACUCCGUUCUCCUUUCAGCGUCCAAGAUCCUAAAUUCUUCGGAGAGGGUGAAGGAAAGUGGCUGCAGUGACACAGAAUAUGGCUGCAUAGCAGAAUCAGAAAAUCACAUCCAACCACAAUCAGCAUUGAAAGUCCUUCAGCAGCAGAUGGAAUCAUUUCAGGCUUUGCGAAUGCAGACUUUGCAGAAUGUCAGCAUGUUACAGUUGGAAAUCAGUGAAAUAUUGAACAAAAGUAUUACUGAAGUAGAAAACCCACAAUUUAGCUCAGAAAAAAAUCUGGCAUUUGGCACGCGCAUUGAAAAGGAUUUGCCUACAGAGAAUCAAGAAGAAAACCUUUCUAUGGAGAAAAGUCGUCAUUUUGAGGAUUCCAAGACACUUCAUUCAGUGGAAGAAAAAUUAAGUGGUGAUAGUGUGAACAGUCUCCCUCAAAGUGUAAAUGUUCCAUCCCAGAUACAUUCCGAGGACACAUUAACUCUGAGAACUUCAACAGACAAUUUAUCUUCAAACAUAAUUAUACACCCUUCAGAAAAUUCUGCCAUCUUGAAGAAUUAUAAUAACUUUUAUCGUUUUCUACCUACUGCACCUCAAAAUGUGAUGUCUCAAGCUGAUACAGUAAUUCUGGAUAAAUCCAAAAUUACUGUGCCUUUUCUCAAGCAUGGAUUUGGUGAAAAUUUAGAUGACGUUUGCCAUUCUAUCAAACAAAUGAAAGAAGAGCUUCAAAAGUCACAUGAUAGGGAAGUGGCACUUACAAAUGAACUUCAGACUUUACAAACUGAUCCAAAUGUUCAAAGAAAUGGUAAAUAUGACCUGUCCCCUAUUCACCAGGAAAAAAUGAGCUUUAUUAAGGAAGAAAACAUGGGCGGUAACUUAAAUGAAGAUGUAAAAUCAAAGAGAAUUUCAGAAUUAGAGGCAUUAGUAAACAAAUUACUCCCCUUCAGAGAAACAGUGUCAAAAUUUCAUGUGAAUUUUUGUAGAAAAUGUAAAAAGUUAUCUAAGAGUGAAAUACACAGGGGAAAUAAAAAUGAGAAAAAUAAUAAAGAAAUUCCCAUCACUGGCAAAAAUAUUACAGAUUUAAAAUUCCAUUCCAGAGUUCCAAGAUACACACUGUCAUUCCUCGACGAAACAAAACAUGAAAUGAAAGACAAAGAAAGACAACCAUUUCUAGUAAAACAAGGAUCAAUAAUAUUUGAAAAUGAGAAAACUUCCAAAGUUAAUUCUGUUACUGAGCAGUGUGUUGCAAAAAUUCAGUACUUACAGAAUUACCUAAAAGAAUCUGUGCAGAUACAGAAAAAAGUAACAGAACUGGAGAAUGAAAAUCUAAACCUUAAGUCCAAAAUGAAACCUCUUAUCUUUACCACACAAUCUCUCAUACAGAAAGUUGAAACAUAUGAAAAGCAACUUAAGAAUCUGGUUGAAGAAAAGAGUACUAUUCAGUCUAAGUUAAGUAAAACAGAAGAAGACAGCAAAGAAUGUCUUAAAGAAUUAAAAAAAAUAAUUAGUAAAUAUAAUGUUCUGCAAGGUCAAAAUAAAACUCUAGAGGAAAAAAAUAUACAACUUUCUUUAGAGAAGCAACAAAUGAUGGAAGCAUUAGAUCAACUAAAAAGUAAGGAACACAAAAUUCAAAGUGAUAUGGCCAUCGUCAAUAAUGAAAAUAAUCGAAUGAGUAUAGACAUGGAAGCAAUGAAAACCAAUAUUCUAUUGAUACAAGAUGAAAAAGAAAUGUUAGAGAAAAAAACACACCAGCUUCUAAAAGAAAAAAGCUCACUUGAAAAUGAACUAAAAGAAAUCCAGCUAGAGAUAAUGCAGCUAAAAGAAAAAGAAAGAUUGGCAAAAACAGAACAAGAGACACUUCUUCAAAUAAUAGAAACAGUUAAAGAUGAAAAACUCAACCUUGAAACAACAUUACAAGAAUCUACUGCUGCCAGACAAAUUAUGGAAAGAGAAAUUGAGUAUAUUCAAACCCACCAAUCUACUGCCAAAGAGAAUUUUCUGCAAGAAAUAAAAAAUGCAAAAUCAGAAGCAAGUAUUUAUAAGAAUAGCUUGUCAGAAAUUGGCAAGGAAUGUGACAUGUUAUCGAAAAUGGUAAUGGAAACCAAAACAGAUAAUCAGAUUCUAAAAGAAGAACUAAAGAAACAUAGUCAAGAAAAUAGAAAACUUGAAAACAGCAUCAGUAGACUUACUGAAGACAAAAUACUUUUAGAAAAUUACGUAAGAAGCAUAGAAAAUGAAAGGGAUACCUUGGAGUUUGAGAUGCGGAAUCUUCAACGAGAAUAUUCAAGUUUAAGUGAUAAAAUUUGUAGUCAGCAUAAUGACCCUUCAAAAACAACUUAUAUUUCAAGAAGAGAGAAAUUCCAUUUUGAGAACUAUACUCACGAAGAUACUUAUAGUCCUCGGAGUAGGCCUUUGGCUUCUGAUUUUAAAGGAAUUCCAAGUAAACUGUAUCAUUUGCUUCCAUCCAAGAUAUAUAAAUAAACUGCUAAAAUCAAUGUUUCAAAACUUUUGUCCAAGUACUUUUUCCCCCACAAAAUAAUUUUAAAUUAUAUUAUUACAUUAACCUGGUAAUUGAUUAGGCUAGUUUUUAAAAUUAGAAAUUGGAAUUAGGUAUAUAUUUUGUAUUGUCAGGAACGGUGGCGAAUCUGAGAUUUUACCCAACUAGUAAGCUCAUAUUUUAGGCUGCUACAGUUUUGUGGGUUCUACUAGAAGGCACAAGACUCCUGAGUAAGAGAUUAAGGAGAGUUUGUUACCAUAGCAGGAGCCAGAGUAUCAGCAUGUUUGCAUUGGUUGUCCAAGCCCCAAUUUCUAUAGGCAGCAUAA